AAAUCAACCGAAGGCAAGAACGGCAUUAGUCUCCUGCUCCAUCAGGGCGCGAACAAGCAGCCCUGUGAGAGCUCUGAAGCCAUGGAGUCUGACUUUCCCAACAAAGCCUUAACGAGAACGCGAUUUUCUGAGCUGAACCCGCCACUUUCUGAACUGGUUCUCGAAGCGCUAACAGAGUCGGGCUUCGAGUUUUGCACGCCGGUCCAAGCCGCUACCAUACCUUUGCUAUGCAGUUUUAAGGACGUGGCCGUCGACGCUGCCACCGGUUCAGGCAAGACUCUGGCAUUUGUCGUUCCACUUGUUGAGAUUCUCCGCCGGUCCUGUUCCAAUCCCAAACCUCAUCAGGUAUUUGGAAUAAUUAUAUCUCCCACAAGGGAGCUGUCAUCUCAAAUAUAUCACGUUGCUCAACCUUUCAUUAAAACUUUAGCUAAUGUUAAGUCCAUGCUCCUUGUUGGUGGAGUGGACGUAAAAGCAGAUAUGAAGAAAAUUGAGGAAGAAGGAGCUAACAUAUUGAUCGGCACACCUGGGCGGCUACAUGACAUCAUGGAUCGAAUGGAUAUAUUAGAUUUUAAAAGCCUCGAGAUUUUAAUUUUAGAUGAGGCUGAUAGACUCCUGGAUAUGGGAUUCCAGAAGCAGAUUAAUUCCAUUAUAUCUCUCUUACCAAAGCUUCGCAGAACAGGUCUAUUCUCUGCUACUCAAACUGAGGCUGUUGAAGAGCUUUCUAAAGCUGGGCUGAGGAACCCUGUGAGGGUUGAAGUCCGGGCAGAGUCAAAAUCGGUAAAUGACCCAGCAGCAUCACAACAACAAACCUCUUCAAGGACACCUGCAGGACUUCAGAUUGAGUAUAUAGAAUGUGAGGCUGAAAAGAAACCCUCACAGCUUGUUGAUAUCUUAAUGAAGAACCGCUCCAAAAAAAUGAUAGUAUAUUUCAUGACCUGUGCCUGUGUUGAUUAUUGGGGACUUGUCCUGCCUCGCCUUUCUGCUUUGAAAAGUUUCUCCUUGAUCCCUCUUCAUGGGAAGAUGAAGCAGGCUGCUAGGGAGAAGGCAUUGGCGUCAUUUACAUCUCUUUCAAAUGGAAUACUUCUAUGUACAGAUGUUGCAGCACGUGGACUUGACAUACCUGGAGUUGAUUGUAUAGUGCAGUAUGAUCCUCCACAAGAUCCAAAUGUUUUCAUACAUAGAGUUGGGCGAACUGCUCGGCUUGGCAAAAAAGGACACGCUAUUGUCUUCUUAUUGCCAAAGGAGGAAUCAUAUGUAGAAUUCCUGCGUGUAAGAAGAGUGCCCCUCCAAGAGAGAAGUUGCUCUAAUGAUGCAUCUGAUGUUGUUCCCGAGAUUCGUUCCGCUGCCAAAAAAGAUCGUGAUGUAAUGGAGAAAGGACUCAGGGCAUUUGUUUCUUAUAUUCGUGCUUAUAAAGAACAUCACUGCUCCUAUAUUUUUAGGUGGAAAGAACUUGAAAUUGGUAAGUUGGCCAUGGGCUAUGGCUUACUGCAGCUUCCUUCGAUGCCAGAGUUAAAACAGCAGUCAUUGUCCAAGGAAGGUUUUGUACCAGUUGAAGACAUUAAUUUGGAGGACAUUAAGUACAGGGAUAAAUCUCGUGAAAAGCAAAGGAAGCAAAACCUGCAAGCAAAGAAAGAAGCCAAAGAGAAAGAGACGAAGCCUCAGAAACCCAACAAAACCCCAAAAGCUGCCCCUGUAACAAGAAAGAAAACCGCUAAACAGAGACGUGCUCAGCAGUCAGUUGAAGAUGAAGAUGAGCUCAUGCAAGAAUAUCGGCUGUGGAAAAAAUUGAAAAAAGGAACUAUAGAUGAGGAUGAGUAUGCUAAAUUAACAGGCACUGAAGAAUUACUUUGAGCUUUGAAGGUCCCUGCCUCUCAUGCUGAUUAGGAUGUUAUGGGAUGCUGAUGGGACAAAUUGCAACGUAUUUAUAAGUUUGGGGGGGGGGGGGAUAUUGCACCACUUGGUAGUUUAGGGUACCUAGUGCCCCUACAAGAAUGGUUUAAGAGUGCCCUUAAACCAUACAAAAUACGAUGCUGAGGGAUGUGUCUAAAAUCCACAAUAUUGCCGAGACAUUAUGGCAUUAUUGAUCAAUUGGUUCUCCGCUAUUAUCUGAAAGGAUUUUGGAUAUGUCUUGCUUUCAUUGUUAAUGCUUGUAAUGGUGUUUGGAUCACUUUGAAGACCAUCCGGAUAGGGCUCCAAUGGACGGAAGGUAACGACACCUUGUACAAUGAAAGAGCUACAUAAUGCAGACACUUGUCAAGCGACAGUUUGGAUGAGAGGGAGAUCCCUGCUAAUCCCUAUCAAGGAUCAGCACCAAUGACAAACUCCAUCCAAAAUUUAUACUUCUUAUUUAAGCAGCAAUUGGUAUUAACUAUUUAGUUUAGAUAUAGUUGUAUUAAC